GCCCUACACAGUACACACUUUUUUGAAGAACACCGUGGCGCGGACUGCCGAUAGACACGCUCAUGGUUUUUCAUAUCUGAGGAGGGAGAGAGAGAGAGAGAGAAUCGUCAAUGGGCACGAAAGAGAGUUGCAGGAACGAGCUUCGAAUUGCAAUUCGUCAGCUCAGCGAUCGUUGUCUCUACUCUGCCUCCAAAUGGGCAUCCGAACAGUUGGUGGGAAUCGAGCAAGAUCCAGCGAAGUUCACCCCCUCUCACACUCGAUUCCAGCGAGGAAGUUCCAGUAUUCGCCGGCGAUUUCGCACCAAUGAGAGCGCUUCGACGCCGAUCGCCGGAGUAUCGUAUGUGUCCACUCCGGUGCUGGAGGACGAUAACGAUGCCGUAGACAGUGACUUUUACCUUCUGGCCAAGUCCUAUUUGGACUGCCGAGAGUACCGGAGGGCUGCUCAUGUGCUUCGGGACCAGACCAGCAAGAAAGCAGUGUUCUUGCGCUGUUAUGCCCUCUACUUGGCCGGAGAAAAGCGAAAAGAAGAAGAGAUGAUUGAACUCGAGGGACCCUUAGGCAAAAGUGAUGUUGUAAAUCGUGAAUCUGUUUCUCUUGAGAGGGAGCUAUCAACACUUCGAAAGAAUGGUUCGAUUGACCCUUUCGGGCUAUACUUGUAUGGUCUUGUUCUCAAAGAGAAAGGCGUUGAAAAUCUUGCUCGUACGGUGCUUGUGGAGUCUGUGAAUAGCUACCCUUGGAACUGGAAUGCUUGGUCAGAGUUGCAGUCAUUGUGCACUACCUCUGAGACAUUGAACAGUCUUAAUCUAAAUAACCAUUGGAUGAAAGAUUUCUUUCUUGCCGGUGCUUACCAAGAGCUGAGGAUGCACAAUGAAUCCUUAGCAAAGUACGAAUAUCUACAAGGAACUUUUAGUUUCAGCAACUACAUUCAGGCUCAAAUUGCAAAAGCCCAGUACAGCUUGAGGGAAUUUGAACAAGUUGAAGUUAUAUUUGAAGAACUUCUAAGGAAUGACCCCUAUCGAGUCGAAGACAUGGAUAUGUAUUCUAACGUGCUUUAUGCAAAGGAAUGUUUCUCUGCCCUCAGCUAUCUUGCCCACAGGGUAUUCUUGACUGACAAAUACAGGCCUGAGUCUUGUUGCAUUAUUGGGAAUUAUUACAGUUUGAAGGGGCAGCAUGAGAAGUCAGUUACGUAUUUUAGGAGGGCACUAAAAUUAAAUAAAAAUUAUUUAUCAGCUUGGACACUUAUGGGUCACGAGUAUGUUGAGAUGAAGAACACCCCAGCUGCCGUUGAUGCCUAUCGACGAGCUGUAGAUAUAAAUCCUUGUGAUUAUCGAGCCUGGUAUGGGUUAGGUCAAGCAUAUGAAAUGAUGGGUAUGCCCUUUUAUGCUCUUCAUUAUUUCAGAAAAUCAGUAUUCUUGCAACCGAACGAUUCUCGGAUAUGGAUUGCCAUGGCUCAAUGUUAUGAAACCGAACCGCUUCAUAUGCUUGAGGAAGCAAUCAAGUGUUACAGAAGAGCAGCAAAUUGCAACGAUAGGGAAGCAAUUGCCCUGCACCAGCUCGCAAAGCUGCAUAGUGAGCUUGGGCGUCUUGAAGAGGCAGCGUUUUACUACAAGAAGGAUCUAGAGAGGAUGGAAGGCGAAGAGAGGGAAGGACCAAAUAUGGUGGAAGCUCUGCUUUUCCUUGCCACCUAUUGUAAAGCCCAAAAGAGAUUUGAAGAAGCAGAGGUGUAUUGUACCCGUCUUCUGGAUUAUACCGGCCCAGAGAAGGAAACAGCUAAGAGUUUGCUUCGAGGAAUGAGAAUAGCACAAUCUGGUUACCCAUUAAUGGAUGUUGAGCAUUUUCCUCCCUAAAUUUUGCGUCACUACACUCAAGUGUCAAUAUAUAUAUUUGAAAUCAGGUAUGUGUUUCUGGCUUCAUGAAAUUGUUGGAUAGCUUUAGAGUUAAAAUCAUGAUGUCAAGCAGACCCUGUACUUCUAUGUAGCAGAAGACACUGGUGAAAUUCCUGUGUAAUUUAAUUUAACUUUCGUUAUAAUAGGGCCACCGCGACGCAAGUUUUAGUGAAAUGUAGUUCCAUGAUUCUCUAGGUUUCUCGGAUUUUGUAUUUUAUAGUUUCAGGAAAUUUUGCUUUUCUUUUAGCCCUUGGCAGUGCUGUAAUAUCUGGAAAUUUGAUAGAUGUCAUUUUUAGUGCUGUAAUAUCACAACAGAGAAUUUUCACUAGAAAGACUCUUCUGUCUAAUUGAAGCUUUGGAAGCAAGUUAUUUGUUA